AUGAAAGCGGCUGUAUUCAGUGACUUUGACGGAACAAUCACGCUCCAGGACUCCAAUGACUAUUUGACGGACCAUUUGGGGUUCGGAAAAGAGGAGAGACGCAAGGUAUUUGCCGGCGUGCUCGACGGAACAAAACCGUUCCGCGAGGGGUUCCGUGCGAUGUUGGAUUCCGUGCACGAGCCAUUGGACAAGUGCAUUGAGCGGCUACUUGCCCACAUCGAGCUAGACCCAGGAUUCGUGGGUACCGCUGAGUGGUGCCACGAAAAGGGGGUGCCUCUAGUGGUGAUAUCUAGUGGUAUGAAGCCUAUCAUUGAGGCGCUUAUCGGGAAAUUAGUGGGUGCCGAGCGGGCGAAAGAAUUGCAGAUCGAGGUGAUUGCAAAUGACGUCAAGGUGGAUGAGGCUACUGGAGAAUGGCACAUUGUGUACCGGGACGAUUCUCCUCAUGGGCACGACAAGGCGCGUACGAUUGCUGAGUGCAAGAAGAAGUUUGCCGCCGACAAGUACUUCUACUGCGGGGACGGGGUUAGCGACUUAACUGCGGCGCGCGAGUGUGACGUGCUUUUCGCGCGCGAAGGUUGCGACUUGGUGCCAUACUGUGACAGACACGGGAUUCCGUACGUGAAGUUCAACAACUUUACGGAGAUCCGCGAGAAGAUCGAGGCAGAGAUGUCGGGGUAG